CGGAAGCUGUCUGCAGUCAGCCGAAGAAGCCGCUGCAUCCUCUCGCCUCUCACUUCUCCCCAGGACCUCUACCCUUAGGAGUCUAAGAUGCCUCGCGGAAGCAGAAGCCGGACCUCCCGGGUUGCGCCCCCGGCCAGUCGGGCACCCCCAAUGAGAGCUGCACCAGCCCCAGCAGCUCACCCUCCAGCAGCAGUCCCACCGUCCGCAGUUGCCCCUCCUACUGCUGCCCCCAGGCAGCCAGGUUUAAUGGCUCAAAUGGCUAGCACUGCAGCAGGAGUAGCAGUGGGCUCAGCUGUUGGGCACACUAUUGGUCAUGCCAUUACUGGAGGCUUCAGUGGUGGGAGUAAUGCCGAGCCUGCAAGGCCUGACAUCACCUACCAGGAGCCUCAAGGAGCCCAGCCUGGGUACCAGCAGCAGCAGCAACAGCAGUUUAGCCCCUGCCACUAUGAGAUGAAACAAUUCUUAGAGUGCGCCCAGAAUCAGGGUGACCUGAAGCUGUGCGAGGGCUUUAGUGAGGUGCUAAAGCAGUGCAGGUUUGCAAAUGGGUUAGCCUAAUUGAGACCCUCAAAAGAAGAAAUGGAAAAAAUCAACUCUGAAGACCAAUUUAAUUUAGCAUAAUCCAUAAGUUAACUGGUAGUGAAAUGAUAAAGCUGAGAUCACCAGUACUUUGUUUCUUUGUCUGUUUGUCACCAUAUCCUUUCAUUUCAGGGAGGGGGGUAUUCCCACUGUGGAGAUACAUGAGAUGAGAUAUAAAAUGUUGGGAUGAGGCAAAUGCUUGUGUGGUCUCAUGAAAAUUAAUGUUUAUGAUGUGAACUCUUAGUAAAAAGAGCAUCUUAAGUUAUGGCUAUUGCUUCAAAUAAAGUUAUUUCCUCCUGGAUGUGAGA